GGACUUUGUGCUACCAACUGAGGGGUCGAAAAGUUUGUUUGUUCACGUGUGACAUUUGACAGGUCGUAAUAAAUAAACAUGGCCACGGCGGAUACUGCAAAUGAGCUGAUGCUCCUGGAGCGGGUUUUCCUGCGUCUGGGGUCCGCCGACACCGACGAGCAGCUUCAGAAUCUUCUCGCCAAGUUUUUAACCCCCGUACUUCUAAAACUGGCUUCGCCGGAAGAAGCCGUGCGCAAGAAAGUGAUGGAGCUCCUAAUUCACGUUAAUAAAAGAGUGAAAACGCGCCCCCAAAUUCAGCUCCCUAUUGAGGCCCUUUUGAUGCAAUACCAAGACCCUGCAGCCACUUCUUUUGUUACUAAUUUUACUAUUAUUUAUAUAAAAUUGGGUUUCCCGAGGUUGCCUCUUGAAAAGCAAGCUGAAUUAGUGCCAGUUGUUUUAAACGCUUUGGAACACAAACCUGUUGCUCACUUGGACAGUAUUUUAUUGCUACUUGUAUCAGUGCUGGGGAAGGUUAAAGUACCAACUGAGCCUGAGAAGGUGGCGACGUUGUUUGGGUUGAAUGAGAAACCCCAAAUUGCUAAACAUUUGCUUGAUAUGUUGUUGGAUAUGCUGUUGCUACCUUAUGGGGCGUUGACACCUCAAACUUCAGACACUCAGCAACAAAGAAAUGCGAACGUGUCUCUGCCAGUACCACCCUGCAUGAGCCCCAAUUCUUUUAAACGUAUCACGUUGAAUAACCCCUUGAAGCCAGAGGAAUUGGAAGAGAUCAAACUAGGCAUAGUGCGCUUCCUGGCGCACGGAGUGUUCAAGGACGAAGACAUCCUAAUCCACCUAGUGGUAGCGGCAUCCGACACCCGUUUCAGUGUCGCCAACUUGGCGGACAUGGAACUGAAAAAAGUAGUCGGAUCAGUCGACUGGGGCUCCCUGAGCGUCGUCAUGCCACUCUUUACAAUGUUCUUAGGUACCCAAUCCAAAAACGUGAAAGAGGACCAAAUCAAAUCCCCCGCUAGCACAAGAAUACGCUUAAAACUCCUAACUUACUUGGGCAGAAUAACGGGAAAAGCGUUCGCUUUCCCGGCUUCCAUCCAAGUGAUUUUUGAUUCGUUGUAUGGUACUAACACGAACACGAGGCUUAAAACUCUAGCGCUGAACUUUACAAUGAACCUUGUCAGAUUUGCUGACGAAGGUCCACUAAGUAAAGUAGCCCCAGUUUUGCUAUCCGGGAUGCAUAAAUUGAUCAAAGAAGGCGAAGACGUCCACCAAGGCCAAGCCUACGUUUUAAUCGGUACUCUCGCCCAACGGUUCCCCAAAAUCGUGUACCACGACAUCAACCUCAUUGAGACGUUUUUCAAAAACUUAGAAACCGCCAAUCCCGAUUUGAAACUACAAAUCCGUGAAGGCCUCUUAAGUCUCAUUUUGGCUUACAAGUACGACGUUUGCUUAGAAGAAGCCGAUAAAGACGGACGCUUGAAUAUCCUUUUUGCACUGAUCAAGUUUCGAAUGACGUCGGAGGAACCCAUGGUGAGGUUCACAGCGGUGAGGACUUUAGCUACGAUAUUUCCACCUGAGCACGUGCCAUCCAAGUACUUGUUGCUACUGUUGACGGGAGACGGCAAAGACGACGUGUCAGCUGAGGCAUUCAAAGCCCUUUAUGGCACGUCACGCAAAAACGACGUCGAUUUAUCCAAAAAGAACAAAAUCGUUACGCCUCACUUCUCGGAAAUCGUGCGUUAUGUGUUCAGCGAGUCCGAGAUUUUGGCUAAAGACGCGUCGAAACGAUUUACUAUUGGAAAUCACGUUUUAGCGUUUGAUAUUCGUACUUAUACUGAGAUACUUAUAUAUCUGCGGUUGUGUUUGGUUCGCAAUUUAAAUGUUCCUUUGACUCGAGAUAUUUUAAAUCACCCGUGUGAACACACCCCGGUUAUAGCUGAGUAUCUGCGGGGUUUGUUUGACGAUAGUAAACCCAUUGAGAGCAAUCCCUUGCUUCAGUAUACAUCUCUAGUUAGACAACUACUUAUAGCUAGUCCUUCCAUGGAACCUCUUAGCUGCAUGGUUGAAAUCGUUGGCUGUGUCCCUCAAUUAAGGUCGUUCGUUUCCAAAGAUCUACAAUGGAUACGUGAUCAGUUAAACUCGACUAAAGAAGAAGUUCGAGAAUACGCUUCAGUGUUAUACUCUCUAGUACUUAGCUCGUCAACUACUGACUUUGAUGGUGCCAUUAGUUAUUUAUUUAAACAAACAGAGGGCAAAAAUUUGGAGUCGCAACACGGCGCCAUUUUGGGUAUCGGUACCUGUCUCGAAACCAAAAUGGCGGACGGACCGAUAAGUCGCGAUACUUAUAAAAAAUCAGUGACCACUUUGGCCGCGUUUUUAAAACAACAGAACCCUUUAUUGGCUGGUGGUGCUUGUACUAGCAUCGGGCUUUUAGGUCGCCGGUCUCCUCUACCUUUGGAUGACGGCAAACCUAAAGAAAUCGGUAGUCCGGAUGCUAAGCGCCCUGCUAAUGACAUCGUAACCAAAAUGGACGUCGUCAAUCGCUUAAUGGACGUCAUGAACAACACAAAGUUGUCGGCUAAAAUCCGGGAAAAAGCGGCCAAAGCUCUGGGUUUAUUGUGUGUAGGGGAGAAGUUCCCACACACCAAAGAAGUGAUUCAGGGUUUUUUGAACACUGCGAAAGACACUAAAGACGUUGAGGUGCACUUUACCAUUGGGGAGUCCUUGGUGAUGUGUUGUCAGAGCGUGUGGUCACCCGAAGCGCGUAACCCGUGGACCACACUACCACAGAACCACGUACCCAAUACCAGUGAACCCAUGAUGGAUGACAAUUUAGAGUGUCUGCUUGACGAGUUGUUGAAACUAGCCAAUCAGUUGCACCCUAAUUCCAAACAAGCGUCUUGCAUUUGGUUACUAGCGGUGUUAAAAGGGUGCGGCGAAAGAGAACCCAUUAGUAAAAGGUUGCAAUUGUUGCAGAACACCUUCAUGGACUUAUUGUGUGAAAAUAACGAUAUUGUUCAAGACGCAGCCUCCAAAGGACUGUGUGUGGUUUAUGAUACUUACAAAUCUGAAGAACUGUUACAAGCUUUAGUAAAACAGUUGACUUCAGGAACGCGACAAGUCACUCAAGUUACCAGUGACACGAAAUUGUUUGAAGAGGGUCAACUAGGAUCCGCACCAACCGGGGGUAACCUAACUACAUACAAGGAGUUAUGUUCAUUGGCGUCCGAUUUAAACAAACCUGACUUGAUUUACCAGUUCAUGCACCUAGCGAAUCACAACGCCAUUUGGAAUUCCAAAAAAGGGGCAGCUUUUGGGUUUUCGUCCAUCGCGGAAAGGUGUGGCGAAGACUUGAAGGUCCACCUACCUCUAAUCAUUCCCAAGUUGUACCGCUACCAGUUUGACCCAACCCCCAAUAUCCAAGCCUCCAUGCACAACAUCUGGAGAGUACUGGUCGCCGAACCACAAAAAACCCUGGAUCAAUACUACGACGAAAUCCUGGCCGACUUGUUGGAAAAUAUCAAUUCCCACCACUACCGAGUGCGACAAUCGUGUUGUCUGGCUCUUCAGGAUUUUCUAAAGGGUUCCGGGAACCGCUCCAUCCACGACUGUGUUAAUUCCAUGGACGAGCUAUGGACGAAGCUGUUUCGGGUGAUGGAUGACCACCAUGAAGCCACUCGGCUCACGGCGACCAAAACCGCGCGCGUUUUGAGUAAAUUGUGUAUUAGGGGUUGCGAUAGCGGGCAGGGCAAGGCUGGGGUGAGAAUGGUGGAGGCGAUUUUGCCGCCGUUGCUGAAUAACGGGAUCAUUAACGCUGUGGCUGAAAUCCGGUUGAUUAGUUUGCAGACGAUUUCAGAGCUUGUUGGGUCGGCGGGGGCGCAGUUGAAGCCGUUUUUGCCCAAGCUUAUACCGGCGCUGUUGCAAGCUACGGGGGAGUUGGAGUCGACUAAGUUGUCGUAUUUGAGUACUAUGCUGGGGGCGCAGAGUCAGGCGCAGGAGGCUGUGGAUAGUGCGAGGGCGUCGUUCGCGAAGUCGCAUUUCACGACGGAGACGGUGUCGAAGAGCCUCCAGUAUGCCGAUGCGUCAAUUCUGGAAGAACUUGUCCCUAAAGUUGUCGAAUUAUUGAAGGGUUCGGUUGGUUUAGGGACCAGAAUUGCUUGCACCCACUUUGUUACUCUUUUGGUUGUCCAAAUGGGGCAGGAUUUGCAACCCUACACAGGGAAAUUGUUGGCAGCACUGGUAAACGGUUUAACCGACCGAAAUUCCGCUAUUCGUAAACACUACGCCAGCGCCAUUGGUCACUUAGUUUCAGCUGCUAAGGAGUCAAGCUUGGAGAAGCUAUUCGCCAAGUUGCAACACUGGUAUUUCGAACGAGAAGACGAUUCGAUCCGUUCUGCGUGCGCCUACACCAUCCAGUCCAUCGGCAUCCACAACCAAGAAGUGCUAAAAUCGCACUCCGACGUCCUCCUCCCGCUCGUCUUCUUCGCGAUGCACUGCGAGAAGACCCCCGAGACCGAGAACACCCUGGAGGUAUGGACCGAGAUCUGGUCGGAGCACAGUCCCGGCACGGAAACCGGGAUCCGGCAGAACAUCGAAGUCAUCUGCAACAUUUUGAAAACCGCCCUCGAAUCGCCGUCGUGGACGAUGAAGGCCCAGGCUGCCAGUGCCGUUUCGACAGUUGCAAGCAAAUUAGGUACGACUAUGGACGGCAAACAUCGGAAUGCCUUGAUAAAUAUUUUAAUAAAUGGGUUAUCUGGUCGGACGUGGAAUGGAAAAGAUAAAUUAUUGAAAGCUCUGGCUAGUAUUUGUUCGAAUUGCAAGGAUUCCAUCAGGGAGGAUCAGAGCGUGAACGUGGAUUUAAUUAUCGAAGCAGUGAUUAAAGAAAGUCGCAAGGACGAAAUCGGGUACAAGAUUGACGCGUUGGAGUCUUUGGGGAAUAUCUUGGCCGCGCUGGAGGUGGAUAAGUUUGACGAAGUUUACGGGAUCAUACAGUCGAUUUUGGUGGAUAAGUCGAGCAAGGAGGAGGAUGAAGACGCGUCGUCGGAGGAAAUCGCCAAAAAGCGGGAGAAGAACAUCAAGUUGAAGGAAACCGCGUACGAAACUUUGGGGAAAACGUGGCCGGAGAGGAGUAAAACGACCCAGGAUAAGUACGGGGAAAUGUUCGUGGAACAUUGCGUGGAGUGUCUACCCCGAAUUACCCGGUCGGUGCAAGUGAGCGUCGUUUCAGCGUUGUACAACUACGUCGACAAAUUAAUUUUAUUAAACGACGAUUUGGACGACUCUGACAAGAAAACAUUAGGGAAAAUCGUCGAUAAUAUAGUCAUAGCGAUCAGAUACUCGCUCGGAAUAUCCAAACACACGAGACUGCGUAAAGAAGCUCUCAAUGUGGUGUUCUGUAUGGGUAAAAAGCUCCAAGAACGCCAAAUCGAAGACGAGUUUCUCAAACUCCGACGCAUGUUCGACGAAGUCUUGGACGAUAUUUCCAGCGAUACGCAGCCGGAGAUUAAGUCGCGACUCACCGACAUUAAGAACUUACUCAAGACCAACUAAUUAAGUUUGUAAACUGACGCAAAUAAAUGAUCACUUAAUUGCA